AUGGCUCAUACAGAAAAUACACAUGUGUCAGUAUGGAUUGCACUGAAGAGGCUUGACCUUAAUGAUGACAGAGUUAUAGCUCUGAGAGAAGUUCACAUCCCCAGAGGGACAAAAAUUACCACAGUGAGACAGAUUGUAGCUCAUUCUUUCAGACUGGACGUUGCUCAGGUCACCUUCAAGAUACGAAACAGUCAAGGCUUUUUAAUCCCUCUGAAUGGCUGCAUACCAGUGAACACCAAACAAAUGCCUUAUGUCUUGGAGGUGGCCAGAUAUUUUCAGCACGUUCAUGCAAAACCCAGAAACAUUGCCGUGACGGUGAUAAAUAGGAGCUUGAAGUCAAGGCUACAGAGUAUUGUGAAAAGGAUUGAAAGACUGGAAGAACUCCUGCCUCAAAUCGAGCAAAAGCAGAAUGAGAAGAUGGUGAAGGACAUUGAGCUGUUGAACCAGAAGCUGAUAUUCCUACACAAAAGAAUGCAGAUGGCAGAGUCAUACUGCUGGGAGGGAAUGUUUAAUCGAGCACCACUCUGGUGAUUCUUGCCCCCCCACUCCACUCCAACCUCAUGUGUAAAUGGCAGGGAAUUUGGGUGUUUUUCAAACAGAUAAGCUGUGUACUCAACUUGUUUACCUAAUAACACUUACCAAAGAAUUCUACCACUGAUAUCAUAGAUACUAAAGUUUAAAAAAAGCGUUUUUGUAAGGUGUCGGGCCACCUUGGAUUUACUCAAACCACUCAGCGAGUCCUUGUGCCCUUGGAAGAGACUUCCCAUUUCCAUUUCCCAUCAGGACAGAAGUGAUCAUCAUAGGCCUGAUCACUGUACCGACUUGCCGUAGCCCUUCCACCCAUGGGACAAAGUGGAGCGAAACCAUGUCAGUGAAUCCUUCACAACAUAAGUCACCUGUUUUCUUUUGUCAUAUUGUGAUGGUGGAUACUGUAGAGAAGCAGGCUUUCUAUGGUAGUAAUUUUGGAUUAUAAAAGUGUAGCUGUUCACACACAGUGCCAGUCAACCUUUUUCACCUGUUAUAGUCGGGCUGUUAAGGUGAGAAAUUGUUCACUUUGUGAUAGAAGCAUGGAAUUUGGCACACUAGCUCAAGUUAAUAUAGAUUAUAUAAUAAUUCUAGAUAUGAGAGCAUUUCAAAUUCGUCUUCUAAACCUUGGAAUACACGUACAAAAUCGACCUAAUGUGAAAACGAGGCUAAACAAAUUUUGUUUUCAAGGUAU